AUGGGGAAACUCAGCAGGCUGGAACUCUACAACUUCAAAUCCUACAAAGAUCACCACACCCUCCUCUUCGGCGAUGCCUACUUUACGUCCAUCAUUGGGCCCAAUGGCUCCGGCAAAUCAAACGCCAUGGACGCCAUUUCCUUUGUCCUCGGGAUCAAGUCGUCUUCCCUUCGAUCGAAGCAUCUGCGCGAGUUGGUCUAUCGCGGUCGAGUUCUACGAACGUCCGUGGCAAAUGGCGGACACGAGGCAAAUGGAGUAAAUGGUCAUGAAGAGGAAGAACAAGGGUCGCAAGCGAACGGCACGCAAGAGCGCAAUGAUCCAAAGUCUGCGUGGGUCAUGGCAGUCUACGAAGAUGACGCUGGUCUCGAACAGAAAUACAAGCGCAUAAUCACCAACAAUGGUGUCUCGGAGUAUCGCAUCAACGAACGCGUCGUUACCGCGCAACAAUACAACGAUUCGCUGGAAGACGAGAACAUUCUCAUCAAGGCGCGCAACUUUCUUGUGUUCCAGGGCGAUGUGGAGGCUAUUGCGACACAAAAACCCCAAGAAAUAACGCGCCUGAUCGAGCAAGUCUCGGGCAGCAUUGAGUACAAAGCCGAUUACGAUCAAUUAAAAACAGAGUUAGAUCAGGCAGCGGAGCAGCAGGCGUUCCAACUCAAUCGGCGUCGAGGCAUCAACGCCGAGAUUCGUCAGUACCAGGAGCAAAAGCGGGAAGCGGACAAUUUUCUGAAGAAAGCCGCCGAACGGGACGAGGCCAUUGUGACUCAUGUUUUGUGGAAACUGUACCAUCUACAACGCCAGAUCGAAGAAUCCAGUGCCGAGAUUCAGAAACACCAAGAGGAACUCAAAGAAUAUCGUCGCGGCAUGGAGAAAUAUGAAAGAAGUCUGGAGGUUGCCAAAAAGGAGCACGCCCAAGCGUCACGAGGCGUUGGUAAGAUAGAAAAACUGAUCAAGACCAAAGAAAAGGAAAUCGAGGACAAAACCUCAUCCCUCAUCCCGAUUGACGAACAAAUCUCCGUCUCCAAUCAGCAGCUCACCAAGUACGCGAACAGAUCCAACACGAUCAUCAAAGAGCGGAACAAGCAGGCGGCAACUGUGGCACAACUUGAAAAAGACCUGAAAACAGUCGACAAGGCGCAGAUCAAGUGGCAAAAAGAAUGGGAGCAGAAUGCCUCUCGGUUAGGUGGUCAAUUGAGCGACGCUGAUCUCCAGGAGUACACUCGCCUGCGCGAGGAAGUCAAUAAGCGAGCAGCGGCUGAUCUGGGUCGCAUUGAGAGGCUCAAGAAUGACCGAGCUCCGAUCGAGGCCACCUACAGCAAUCUAAAAAACAGUGUCGAAAGUACCGAGUUCAAAUUGAGCACCCUCGAAAGUGAGCUUGCCGCCCUCGAACAACGGCGAGAUGCAGUCAAGGAAGCAGUCCAACAAGCACAGAUAGAGAUUGAUGCUAAGAAGAAAGAGCUCCACGCUGCCUCAUCUAAACGACUGCAGGCCUCCCGGAAUCGGACUGAGCUCGAUGAGAAACUCGCGGAAGUGGCUCGAAAAAUCUUCGAGGCCGAUGAUGGUCGUCGGACGACUGAAAAGGAAGUGAGGAUGCGAGAGACCAUCGCUAUGCUCAAACGCACUUAUCCCGGCGUCAAGGGCCGCGUCCAUGAACUGUGCAGGCCCAAGCAGAAGAAGUUUGCGGAAGCUGUCAGUACUGUGCUAGGUCGACACAUCGACGCCGUUGUUGUCGACACCGAAGCCACGGCUAAGCUGUGCAUCCAGUAUCUACGAGAUCAUCGCUCGGGCCAAGCAACUUUCAUUCCGCUAGACACCAUACAGGUCAAGGCACUCAGCUCAAAUCUCAAAGGCAUGCACAAGGGCAUGCGUCCAGCUAUUGAGACGGUGGAUUAUGACCAGUCUGUGGCACGAGCAAUCUCGUAUGCUUGUGGAAAUUCAAUAGUUUGUGACAAUCUGAGCAUUGCGAAAGAUCUGUGUUACAAUCGUCAUGUCGAUGCAAAGGCUGUCACGUUAGAUGGCAGUGUCAUCCACAAGGGCGGUUUAAUGACUGGCGGUCGUGGCAAAGACCAACCGUCUCGACGAUGGGACGAAGCCGAAAUUGAAAGGCUUCACAAACUCAAAGACAAGUUGAUGGGGGAUUUUGCUGCCCUGCCACAAGACAGCUCUCGCCGGGCAGAGGAACAGACCCUCCAAAAUGAGUUGAGUGGUCUUGAAAGCAAGCUACGAUAUGCCAAAGAUGAACUCACAGCUCUCGACAAGAACCUCGAGAGCAAAACGCGGGAAGUCCAACACGUCAAGCGGCAGCUAGCAGAGGAACGUCCGAAGAUGCAACAGGAAUGGAACAAACUGGAAAAGAUUGACGAGGACAUCUCAGACUACCAAGAGUCGGUCAGCAACGUGGAAAAUGAAAUCUUUACAGAUUUCUGCCAGAAACAUGGCUUCGACGACAUUCAAGACUACGAAGCUCGACAGGGAUCCCUGCAGCAGGAGGCUGCUCAGAAGAAACUCGAAUUCGUCACGCAAAAGGCCAAGAUCGAGGGCCAGCUCAGUUUUGAAAAGACCCGGCUUCAGCAAACGGAGGAUCGUCUAAUGGCUCUUCGAGACAGAGAGCAAAGGGAUAAGGAGACGAUUGACAGUCUUAAUGAACAGCGGCAGGGCAUCCAGGACGAUCUCAACACACUAAAAGAUGAACUCGAUGAGCUUCGCGCUCAACUGGACGAGCAGAAGGAGCUCCUUAACGAAGCCGCUGAAAAGCUGGCAAAGCAAAAAUCAGAGUUCGAGAAGCGCUCGAAAGAGAUGGAAAGCACUUUCCGAGAAAUCAAUGCCCUCGAAGCAGAAAUACAGCGCCAUUCUUCGGCGAGAUACAGCCUUCUUCGCCGCUGCAAGAUUGAAAACAUUGCCAUUCCACUGACGGAGCAAUCCGCAAGCUUGGACAGCGUGCCCAUCAACGACCUGCCGCUUGAAGAUGCCGAGGCGAUGGAGGCCGAUGAAGAGGAGCCUACGGCUUCGGCUCUCAAGACUUUUGUCGUCAAUGACUACGGCGUCGAGCCCGACUUUGAUGCUCUCGAGGACGAGCUCAAGGAGGAAAACAGUGAAGCUAUGGAGACCAAACUGCUAGAGGACAUCGCCAAACUUAACGCCACUCUAGACAAGAUGCAACCCAAUGCGCACGCCGCACAACGUCUUGCUGCUGUAGAAGGGCGUGCACGCGACACGGAGCAGGAAUACGAGGACUCGCGCACGAAAUACCGCGACCUCAAAGCUCGCUUUGAGGACACCAUGGAAAAGCGCAAUGAACUCUUCAACAAGGCAUUUAGCCACAUCUCGGAACAGAUCGAGCCCAUUUACUCCAACCUGACCAAAUCGGAUGAGUUCCCGGCUGGAGGGCGCGCGUAUCUUACAGCAGACGAGGAAGAGCCGUACCUAGCCGGCGUGAACUACCACACUAUGCCGCCUACGAAGCGCUUCCGGGAUAUGGAGCAUCUGUCAGGAGGGGAAAAGACAAUGGCAGCGUUGGCACUGCUCUUUGCGAUUCACAGUUAUCAACCCAGCCCGUUCUUUGUCCUGGAUGAAGUGGAUGCCGCCCUGGAUAAUGCUAAUGUGGGCAAGCUGGUGAAUUACGUCAAGAACCAUGCGGGGCCGGGAAUGCAAUUUAUCGUGAUCAGUCUCAAGACUGGCUUCUUCCAGGGCAGCGAGGCUCUGGUGGGUGUAUAUAGGGACCAAGGAGCGAACAGUUCCAAAGUUCUAACGCUGGACGUAAGUUGCUCCUCGCCUCCUUUAUCCGUGACGGUGGAGAGCUAA